CAUUGAACCAUAUGAGGGUCAAUAAAAGAAUAAAAAUUCACUGGUUAGUGAUUCAAGCGCAAGGAACUUGAUCCCUGUUGGGUAUCUGUGUCCAUAUGCUGCUCACAGUCAGAAGGGGAGCGUCUGACCCCUGGGUGCUCGUCCUACCUCAGGAUGGUUUCUGGAAAACUCAUCAAGCUCCUCGUCUUUGAGCUGCUCGAGUUUGUGGCUUUCUGUGUCCCCACGCUUGUGAUUAUGGAACAGUUUGCCGCCGCCUUUCAAAACACAAGGCAGACACCCGAGAGAACGCAUUACUGGCUGAUUGUUUCUUGCUCCAUUGCUUAUGUAGCAUUAGUGACUCUACUGAUUUGGAUUCCUGUGAAAGUUCUCUUGUUCAAGAAACGUCAUCUUUACCACAAAAUCAAAGGAUGGAGACCUGUUAUGAUGAUGUGUGUAGUACUCACCACACUGCCGAGCUUCAGCUUUUCUAUAGCAGUGACCGAGGUUCAAAAGAAUAGUAAUGGAUCCGCCAUGUUACCAGAUAUGUUACCUGACCUGCCAGUCUCUCUGGUCCUGACUAGCUUGAUCAUCGUGGAUAUUAUUGAAAAACUCAGGAUAUAUCCUCUUAGAGGGAGGCAAAGGAGUAAUGAAGACAGACACAUCCAAACGACCACCUUGCAGCAAGUAAAAACUGUGACGGAUCAAGUGAGGCAAAAUGAAGAAAACCAGAUACCUCCUCAGCCAGCCAAGAGGACCAAACUGUCGCGGCCACCAGGAGGCGUGACACAGAGCCCUGCUCCUGAGCUGGAGGGACCCCAGGAGCCGACCUUUGAGUGGGGGGUCCUGAGCACCGUGUCCAGGCGGGAUGUGCGGGCGGAGAUCUUCCUGUGGAGCUUCCUGCUGUGGGCGGACACCAUAGAGAUGGUGCGGGUGGCCGGGCACCCCAACGUGUACAAGUCAGGCUGGGUCUACCCGGUGUACCUCUUCAGUUUCCUUUCUCUUCUUCGAAUUGUACUCACUCCCCAGAACCCACUUCACGGUUCCCUUGGUAUCCUGCUCCAGGAUCUACCCUUUAUCUUUAUUAGACUUAGUUUAAUCAUUGUCCUGGGAACCAUCACACCCAUACUCGGCCUUUGUAAAAAUGUCCUGGUGACGGUCUCCUAUGUUUACUUCAAUUACUUAACCAGAUUCAGGAUUUUCUCAGGCUUGGAGACAUCUUUUUAAAACGAACAUGUCAUCCAAUCAAACCUGUUGGUUUGGCAUCUGGGCACAUUUGUAAGCUUUAUUGGGGGGCAGGCCUAUGUUUUUGCACUAUAGGAAGAAAGGAAGAAUAGAUGGUAAAGAAAAGAACUAUUUUUUUAAAAAAACUGUAGCAUGUCAGUCUUUUAAAGUAUACAAAUGGUGCUAAAUGUAAGCAGUCUUAAAUGUUGGCUCCCCUUGGUCUCUAGAAAAUGUUAGUAGUUGAUUUUAGUUACGUAUUUUGCGCUUUUUCUAAAAACUCUUUUCAAUAAAACCUCAUAAAAAAUGAGGGAAAAUGUUUUCCCCCACAUUUAGUCCAAGAAUGAGACAGGUUUUUUUUUUUUUAUUGUUUAUAUAAAGAACAAUACAGGAAUAGUUAAAAUCAAUUAAUUAGUUCAAAUUAAUUUUUGGAAAUACACUGGUAAUUAUUGCAUACUUUUUAGAUUCUAUUUUCAAAACACUUGAAUUGUAGUUUGAGGGUCUCCUUCAAAUAUGGAAUUACGCUUUUUAUUCCACUGCGGCGAGUGACUUUUCUGUGAUCAAUUGAUUUCAACACAGAAAGCACUUUAGUUUAACAGACAUUUGGCUCCGUUUAAAGUAAUGAAGUCAAGGUACACCAGUAAAACCUAGAUAAAGUUUUAUAAUAGGAAGCCAUAAAUCAAAGAGGGAGGUUUCAAAGUAUAAGGCUAUAUUAUUUGUGGAAUUUGAUACCAUCAUGAAAAUACUCAGAUACAAGUCUUGUUUAAAAUUAGAAGUUCAGCUUACAAAUGUAGCAGCAAAUGCAUUAGGGUUUUAUGUGAUCCUCUAUAAUGGUUAUCUUGAUGUUAACUAAUUAGAUACAGACUUCAGUAUUUUGCUUUCACUAUGUUGGGCUACUCAUAGAUAGUCAUGGCAGGGGCUCCCCAUUCCGUAUAAAUUUUGAGAGGCCAGAAGGAGUUCUGAGGCUUAUGUGUGCAGAGUCAUGUUUUUCAUAGCCAGUCUUGUCAAUGAUCUGUGGUAACAAAUAGUUUAAAGCAUGGCUAACUGAACUUAGCUGCCACUCCACACCUCCCCUGGAUGCCCCAGUUUCAUGCCCCAACUAGGCUUUUUGGUUUUCCCUCACACCAUAAGAGAAGGUCUAUUCACAGUUGUUAAAAGCUUUGCUUCUGGCUUUAUGACUUGGGGAAAAUUCUUGGACUACUGUAAACUCCAGUUUCCAGGUAUAAAAGAUGAGCAUAUUCAUUGUACUUAAUAUAAGGGUUAAAUAGUGCUUAAAUAGAUUUGAGAGGAUUAACUGAGAUGGGAAAUGUCCUCAUUGCAUUAUCUGGCAAACUCUAAUAACCUGAUGAAUACCAAGUAUUUUAAUUGUAUCAAAUUCCUACAGAGAAACAAGUAGCUAAACACAUUGCUUUUUUGUUCCUUUGUUUUGUUUUGGGGGGUUUAUUUUUGGUCACACCUGCAGCAUGCAGAAGUUCCUAGUCCAGGGAUCAAACCCAUGCAACAACAGAAGGGACAUCCCUGGAUCAUUAGCCCUCUAAGCCACCAGGGAACUUCAAGGCAUUGUUUUAAUUUUUUUCUGUGUCCUGAGUUACCCUUUGGGGAUAAUCAUUUAAACUAUGCAUUUAUGAAGAGUGAUAUGUAGAAUCUUAAGAUUACCUCGGACAAUAAUUUUUCAUCAGGUAAGGUUAUGUUCAGACGUGAGUAAUCUACUGAAUAGACAGAUUCAAGUUGAUGUAAGUAUUCAUGCGUCUCAUAGAACCCUAAUUGUAACACUUUUUUAAGACUUUCAUUAUGUGUUUACUUUUCUAAGUUCCCCAUUAAGCUUUAAAGUCCUUAAAGAAAGGCCUUAUCUUCCUCUGUCAAUCCCACAGAAAUUUACAGUGCUUAUAAUUCUAAAAAUAGUAUCACAUAAUUUCUUUCAAACUAUAUCAUGAUAAUCUUUAAGAAGAACCUAUAAUCAAGUAGUUGAUUUGCAAUAUUCCUAAAUAUAAUGUUUUACAUAUAUUUAUAUUUAUCUUUAUAUUAGAAUUUUUAGAGUGAACAGUGCUCAGAUAAGAUGAAAAGUAUUACUUAUCUGAGUUUAGAGUACAUUUUGUAUCUAAUAUUUGCAUUUGAAUGUGCCUGAUAUUUUGAGAAGUCACAACACUUUAUAUAAGUAAUGAAGACACAUACAAAAGGCUCCAUGUAGGAGGAAAAUUACUGAGUACCCAAUUUAAUCAUUUAUUUUAAGGGUGUACACAUGUUUAUAAAGUUCUAGUCUGUGGUAUUUAAUAGGCAUUGCAGCAAAUUUUGCUAAUGAAACAUUGGUAGUUCUAUACUGUGUGAUUAAAAGUUAUGUCAUUAAAAUUAUACUGCCAUUCUCAUUGCUUCUAAUGGUUUUUGGUACUAAGACCCAUGUUGCUUUUUUUGAAAUUUUUUAUUUUUUAUUUUUUUCCUGCUGUACAGCAUGGGGAUCAAGUUAUUCUUACAUGUAUACAUUUUUCCCCCCACCCCUUGUUCUGUUGCAAUAUGAAUAUCUAGACAUAGUUCUCAGUGCUACUCAACAGAAUCUCCUUGUAAAUCUAUUCUAAGUUGUAUGUGAUAACCCCAAGCUCCCGAUCCCUCCCACUCCCUCCCUCUCCCAUCAGGCAGCCACAAGUUGAUUCUCUAAGUCCAUGAUUUUCUUUUCUGAGGAGAUGUUCAUUUGUGCUGGAUAUUAGAUUCCAGUUAUCAUAUGGUAUUUGUCUUUGUCUUUCUGGCUCAUUUCACUCAGGAUGAGAUUCUCUAGUUCCAUCCAUGUUGCUGCAAAUGGCAUUAUGUCAUUCUUUUUUAUGGCUGAGUAGUAUUCCAUUGUGUAUAUAUACCACAUCUUCCGAAUCCAAUCAUCUGUUGAUGGACAUUUGGGUUGUUUCCAUGUCCUGGCUAUUGUGAAUAAGGCUGCAAUGAACAUGCGGGUGCAUGUGUCUCUUUUAAGUAGAGUUUUGUCCGGAUAGAUGCCCAAGAGUGGGAUUGCGGGGUCAUAUGGAAGUUCUAUGUAUAGAUUUCUAAGGUAUUUCCAGACUGUUCUCCAUAGUGGCUGUACCAGUUUACAUUCCCACCAACAGUGCAGGAGGGUUCCCUUUUCUCCACAGCCCCUCCAGCACUUGUUAUUUGUGGAUUUAUUAAUGAUGGCCAUUCUGACUGGUGUGAGGUGGUAUCUCAUGGUUGUUUUGAUUUGCAUUUCUCUUAUAAUCAAUGAUGUUGAUCAUUUUUUUCAUGUGUUUGCUGGCCAUCUGUAUAUCUUCCUUGGAGAAAUGUCUAUACAGGUCUUUUGCCCAUUUUUCCAUUGAUUGAUUGGCUUUUUUGCUGUUGAGUUGUGUAAGUUGCUUAUAUAUUCUAGAGAUUAAGCCCUCCAUGUUGCUUUUUAUGUCUCUAUAAAAAGUUACAAGGUUAAUGUUAUCUAGUUUCAAAGUAAAUGGAUGGAGAAAACUAUACCAUGCUAAUGCUAGUCAAAAGAAA